UGGAGGGUGCGGGGGGGACUGGGGGUGCACGGGAAUGGAGUGGAGCAGGGGCACAGGAACCCCGGGCUAGUGCCACUCGGGGAGCUAAGGCGGUGGGAGCUCCGGGAUCCCGGUGCCGUGCAGGAGGUGCACAGCCCUCGGGAACAGCGGGAGCUGGCACCCUGGGUGAAGCAGGGGACUCUGUGCGCUACAGGGGAGCAGCACAGACGGGCAGGGGGCGGGUGUGACCCCAGCGAGGGGCUCUGCUCUCACCCCACUCUCCCACCCUGCUCAGGUCCCAGGGGGAACCUCAGGGCUGUCACCAUGUCCCAGGCCACCACCUGCCUCAAGCAGCAGGAGGAUGGCGGGGAGAGCCCCCCACCGCUGCCAUCACCACCAGGAUCCCCGCACGUUUUCCCUCCGGAGACGCUGUUCCAACAGGCAGGUGGGGUCACCUAUCGCAUCCCGGCUCUGCUCUACGUCCCCCCCGAUGAUUCCUUCCUGGCCUUCGCCGAAAAGCGCUCCUCGGCCCGGGACGAGGAUGCCAAGUACCUGGUGCUGCGGCGGGGCCGCCGGCACGGCUCCUCGGUCAAGUGGGGUCCCAUGGAGGAGCUGUCGGCGUUGGCGCUGCCGGGCCACCGCACCAUGAACCCCUGUCCUCUCUACGACGCCAGGAGCGGCACCGUCUUCCUCUUCUGCAUCUGCGUGGAGCAGGGAAAGACGGAGCGCUGCCAGAUCUGGAGCGGCUGCAGCGCCGCCCGCCUCUGCUUCGCCACCAGCGCCGACGGCGGCCGCGGCUGGAGCGCGCUGCGGGACGUGACGGACGAGGCCAUCGGCGCCGACCUGUCCCGCUGGGCCACCUUCGCCGUGGGGCCGGGCCACGGCGUGCAGCUGGCCUCGGGGCGGCUGGUGGUGCCGGCCUACACCUACUACGUGCACGGCUGUCUGUGCGGGGCGCUGCGGCUGCCCUGCUUCACCCGCCAGCACUCCCUCGUCUUCUACAGCGACGACGGCGGGCGCCGCUGGCACAAGGGCGCCCCCCAGCGGCCGGCGCCGUGCGCGGCCCUGGGCGAGCCGCCGCGGGGCUGCCAGGGCAGCGUGCUCAGCUUCGCCCGCUCCGCCGGGGAGCCCCCCUGGCUGCUCUACUCGCACCCCACCGACCGGCACCGCCGGCGCGAUCUGGGGCUCUACGUGAACCCCUCGCCGCCGGACGGGGCGGGCUGGCGGCGGCCCUGGCUGCUGCACGCUGGGCCCGCCGGCUACUCCGACCUGGCCGCCUGCCCCGGCGGCCUCUUCGGGUGCUUGUUCGAGCGCGGCGCCAGCAGCGCCUGCGAGGAAAUCGCCUUCUGCCUCUUCACCCUGGAGCCCUCCGGCGAUCGGGAGCUCAAGGCUUCCUGAAACAGACCCGUUUUAGGCAGCGCGGUCGCUCCUGAGCGUCGGCGGCCGGAGCCAGCGAGCGCGGCAGUGCCGGGACCUCGCCAGGACAUUGCAAGUGCACCAGAGGCUCAGCAUCGUGCACCUUUUAUUUAAUUAUGCCUUUUUAAUCACCCGUCGGGUGUUGUCGGUGACCUGCGGCAGUGGAGUCUCUGCUCUGGCUUGGCCAAGGGGGAUGCCAGCACAGCAUACAAAAUGCUGCUGCUUCUCCAAAAAUCAGCAUUUUUCACCUGGUGGCAGCUGAAAAGCAGAAGGUGCCAGCAAGAGCAGCUGACUCCCUGAGGAAAAAGUACCCAGAACUCUUGGUUUAGUUAAAAAUAUUCCAGUUCCUGUGUUCCUGCAGGUGGCAGAAGAUUCCCAGGUUUUACCAUUUUUUAUCCUGCUUUCUUCACUUGCCUACUUUAGACUGAGUUUCUCCCUGCCCCCUGGGGAAAAGCGCUCGAAUCUUGACUGGGGGCAAGGAGAGAGGAGUGUUGGGGAGUGUUGCAUUCUGCUCCAUAGGGAACAGCUUCUAGCAUCCCGACAGUGACAGUGACCUCACAUC